AUGUCUAUCUUCAUCUCACCCAAGAUCAGCCUAGAUGCCAUCGACACUAGCAUCUGUACACUCCCAGAUCUAGUCGAUUUCCACGCCAAACACAAUCCACAGCAUCUAUUCUGCAUUCAAACAACACGAGAUCACACCUUCGUAUCAGUGAGCUAUGAAAAUCUACAACAUGCCAUCGUGCGCUGCCAGGCCAGACUCAGAGAGGAAUAUGGCCUUCAUGCCCCUACAGUUGAUGCAGAUGGAAAAUUAAAAAAAUGCGCUCCGGUUGCUGUGUUGAUGGAGAGCCAUAUCGGGCUGGUCAUCUAUGUACUGGCUUGCAUGGGAAUGGGCGUGCCGGUUAUGCUUCUCUCGGCAAGGUUGAGUUCGGUUGCUGUGCGUCAUUUGCUGCAAGAGACGGGUGCGGAGCUUGUUGUGGCUUCUCUGAGGUUACAGGGGCUCGCCUCUGAAGCCAUAUCUCCCUCAGAGGGGGGAACUGGAGCAACUAUUCGUGUGGCAGAUGAGUGGGAAGCACUUCUUCUUAAGGACACUACAGACCAAGGCCAAUCCAUGUGUGCUGCUGCGCAUGCAGGCCAUUUUGCGUCUGAAGAGGAUCGCCAAGUUGUCAUCCUCCAUUCGUCUGGGACAUCAGGACUCCCAAAGCCAAUACCCUGCUCACACAGAUAUUUCCUGGGCUAUGCGACAUGUCAUAGCUUUACUUUAGACGCUGAGGCACGCGGUCUGACCUUCUCGACACUGCCACUAUUUCACGUUAGGGCCGGAAAGACUGUGUGCAUUCCGCCUCCGUCAAUGGUUCCAAAUGGAGCAUCAGUUCUCGAUCUCCUCCAACUGUCCGGUGCGAGCUCACUGUUAACUGUACCUUCCAUGUUGGAGGAAAUCGAAAGUCUACCAAACAAUAAGGUGCAUGAAGCUCUCGCUCAACUUGACUUUGUCGGCUUCGGGGGCGGCAUGCCAAAAGAAUCAGUUGGACAGAGACUAGGAACUGCCGGCGUCAGACUGAUCGGCCAGUACGGCGCCACCGAGACAGGUCCAAUGACACCAUUCUUCACCCCGGGCGAGGGACACAAUUGGCGAAGAUUGCGAUUGCGAAAUGACAUUCUCGGACCGCUUCAAGUCAGACUGGGUCGUGUUGACGCCGAAGUCCACUUCGCGUAUAGGCUGAGCAUGGUGCCGUUUGGCUGGAACCAGCGUUUCGAGCUGCAGGAUCUCAUCGUCACCGACACCGAGUACAUUCCUGGGAGUGACAUGUCACAGUUGGAAUUUUCCAUUGCUGGACGGACUGACGACCUGAUAUGCCUCGCGACAGGGGAGAAAGUUCGGCCGACGAUUCUGGAGUCUCUGCUGAGACAGCAAGAUGGGGUGAAAAACGCAACGGCAUACGGGGAAGGUCAGUUCGAAUUGGGCGUGAUUAUCGAGGCUGCUCAUGAGCUCGAUGUCAACGAGGUGGAGCAUUUCAAGGCAUCUAUUUGGCCUGCGAUUGAGGAGGCUGGUCGGCAGAUGGAUGCACAUGCCAAAAUCACCUCGCCGGCUGCUGUGUUAGUCGUGUCUCCAGGGCAUCUUCCGAUUUCAGACAAGGGAACUAUCUUGCGGAAGGCAGUUGCGACGAAAUACGCAGAUGAGAUAGCUGCUGUAUACCGCAAUCUGGAGGUGGCUGUCGCACCAGCACUAGAUCUGUCGCUGCCAUUAGCCAGCAUCAGGGCUCUUGUGGCAGAAAGCACGGCGUGGCCAGUCUAUGACGAGGAUUGGCGAGACGAGGGCGACUUCUUUGCGCGAGGUAUGGACAGUCUACAGGCAACGAAGCUGCGCAGAUUGUUGAAAGGCUCGGUACGGGCAACACACUCUGCCUUUGGCUCGGAGUCCGGAAAUCUUCUGCCAGUGGCCAAUAUUGCUGACGACUUUGUGUACCGCUAUCCAUCGAUUGCCAGCCUCGUAGAUGCACUUUUCCCCAAGAAAGCUACAACUAACGGAGUACUCACCGAGACCCAGCUAUUUGACCAAUUAGUCGAUCAAUAUACCGUUCGAAAAGGCGACACACGAGACAAAGCCGUGGUGCUCACCGGCGCCACAGGUAGCUUGGGAUCUUUCUUUCUUGGCCAGCUCCUUGCCGACUACUCCGUCAGUCGUAUCAUCUGUCUGAACAGAUCUGGCAAAGGAGACGCACUGCAAGCUCAGAAACGCGCCCUCAGCUCUCGAAAUAUUUCAUUUAGUGAUGAUUCCUGGGCCAAGGUCGACGUACAUCAGACAAACACAGCAGCCCAAUGGCUCGGACUGAACAAGGAAGACUACGAGAGUCUGGCAACGCAGACGACGCAUAUCGUGCACAUGGCGUGGCCAAUGAACUUUAAGAUGGGCCUUGGGUCUUACGAUGCCUCGUUCAAGACUCUGUGGAACCUGGUGGAGUUAGCGCGUACAGCUCGCUUUUAUUAUCCUACACGGAAGCCGAGAUUGCUAUUCAUAUCAUCCAUCUCGACGGUCGGCAAUUAUCCAUCUCUCUCUGGGCAAAGGAUAGUUCCUGAGAUUAUUCCUGAUCACCCGGCUUCAACACUGGAUCUAGGAUACGCCAAGGCCAAGCUCGUAUGUGAAAAGAUGAUUCAACGUGCAGCAAGUGAUUAUCCCGAGCUCGAAGCCGGAGUGGUCCGAGUCGGCCAGAUAGCUGGAGCCAGAGGUGGUUACUGGAAUCCCAACGAGCAUUUCGUCGCCGUCUGCGCUUCCUCUAAGAAGCUGGGUAAAUUCCCUGAUCUACACGGCACAUUAGCCUGGCUCCCCGUCGAUUCCGCAUCUCAGGCCCUCAGCGAGAUUCUCUUCCACGAACAACCGCUGCAAUUAGUUUACCAUCUCGAGAACGCAAUUCGACAGGGCUGGGAACAUGUUGUCCCCCUGCUCUGCGAAGAAUUGCAAAUCCCGCACUCGUCUAUUAUCCCGCACAGCGAAUGGUUAGAUCAUGUUGCGUCUGCACCGGGACCAGAGAAUCCUGCUGUUAAUCUGAUUGAUUUUCUUCGAAGCGACUUUUUGAAAAUGUCCUGCGGGUCUGUUAUUCUCAAUACGAGUGUCUCGCGUGGUGCUAGUCGGACGAUGGCGUGCAUGGAUCCGGUGGGAGAUGAUACUGUACGGGCGUAUGUGAAUUACUGGAGAAGCAUCAGCCUGUUUAAGUAGCUGUGUACACAACUAC